AUGUCAUCGAGACGUCCUCAUCGUGGACACUCACACGGACAUAGGACAUCGGCUGAUCGUCAGACACGUGCCGAGCAAACCCUCUCGACAACUCAAGCAAGUCUAGAGGACUUUCAUAUAGGAGGAGCAGAUCCCGUCUUGCUUCCUUACGACGAAUCCCACUCACAGUUGCAACCGCCAACAAACCGACACGCACCUGACUACGUGCAAACUCCAUCUGCCCAACCUGCUUUGCAAGAUUAUCACUUUGACACCACCUUCGACCAGCUCAACCUACCCGGUGACGACGCUUUUGAUCCCCAAAGUUACAAUAUGAGUCUCUCGCUCAACAGAGCAGGCUACCCCCAUCCCGGCUCUGAGCUCCCUCCCUCUCGCAGUAUGUCUGGCCCCCCUAGCCAUAUGCUCCCUAGCAGCAUACUGCCCAGCUCGACCUUUGAGGAGGAAUUCGAUGAAGCUGGGAGGGAGGUUGCUCGGCAGCGUCGCCGUCGCAUUGCUCAUGGCCGAAGGGAUCACAAGGCCAGAAUGCGUAGGGUGAUGCUGCCGAGUGUACCAGAAGACUCAGGGUCGAGCCAGGUACACGAUUUGAGCGGGUCGAUUAACACUUUUGCAGGUCGCUCGCCAUAUCAAUCCAGUACCGCGACUAUGAGUGGCACGGCAUCUUAUCCUGAAACUUUGUAUCCUCCGACGGUGGGCUCCCAUCCAGGAGGGCCUGGUUAUGACCAUCCUCGCGGGGGCCGUAGCCCACCCAAUCAAGAUCCAGUCAUUAUUGAGCAGCCAAAGAAACCUCAAUGCUGGGACCACGGGUGCAACGGUCGAACCUUCUCAACUUUCAGCAAUCUACUUCGGCAUCAACGAGAAAAGUCCGGUAGCUCCACCAAAUCACUCUGCCCCAGAUGUGGUGCUGAGUUCACUCGAAAGACCGCUCGUGACGGCCACAUGGCACACGAUAAAUGCAAAAGUAAUAGACGCGACGCUUAG